UAUCCAGGUCGGGGCUCUACUGUUUCCUUAAUGCUUGGAAACCUACGAUUGCAGUAAUUUGUAUCGGAAGAAAAGCUCAAUAAACCUACAAUGUCUGGAAGAGGCAAAACCGGAGCAGCAAAGGCCCGCGCUAAGGCCAAGACCCGCAGCUCCCGUGCCGGUCUACAGUUCCCUGUCGGCCGUGUCCACCGUCUCCUCCGCAAGGGUAACUACGCUGAGAGAGUCGGCGCCGGAGCCCCAGUGUACCUGGCCGCCGUCCUGGAGUACCUCACCGCUGAGAUCCUGGAGCUGGCUGGCAACGCCGCCAGAGACAACAAGAAGACCCGGAUCAUCCCUCGCCACCUCCAGCUGGCAGUCCGCAACGACGAGGAGCUGAACAAGCUGCUCGGCGGGGUGACCAUCGCCCAGGGCGGCGUCCUGCCCAACAUCCAGGCCGUCCUGCUGCCCAAGAAGACCGGCCAGUCUGCACCGAGCUCCGGCAAGGCGGGAAAGAAGGCCUCCUCUCAAUCUCAGGAGUAUUAGCUUGUUUGCUAAUAACUUUCACCCCAAAGGCCCUUUUAAGGGCCACCCACUUCUCACUGAAAGAGCAGAUGUUCUUGCUUGUCACUGUCAUUUCACUUUCCGCAUUUUUAAUUUAAUAAACGCUUUGUUUUGUAAA